AUGGAGGCGGUGCACCUGGGACCCAAUUGCUCCUUCAAGCAUCUACUGCAGGCGGUGGCCACCGCGCGCGAGACUCAGGGCGUUGCAAAGGACAGCACGUUGGUCGAUACAUCGGGAGCGUUGCUUACAGAAGAAUGGUGGGAUCGGGCGGCACCGCGUCUUGCUAUUCUGCGCGAGAAAGGAGCACCCAUCGACAUCAAGAGUAAAGCGAACAUAACGCCUGUGCCCAACAUCAUCAGUUCGUUCAUUGUGGACAUUCAGCCGCUC